AUGCCAACUAUAACCUUUCGAACUAUCACUCAGUUAUCUUUCACAAUGGAUCUCGAGCCUUCACUAACGGUGGCAGAUGUUAAGAAGAAAAUCGCUGAAGAGAAAGGAUCGGACUAUGCAGUUGAGCUUCAGAAACUGAUCUAUAAUGGCAAGAUUCUUGACGAUGCCACAACGAUAGAACAAGUUGACAUAGACCCGAACAAGUUCGUUGUUGUGAUGCUUUCACGGAAGAAAGUAGUGGAAUCGACGCCUACGACUGCCCCAGCAGAUGCUAGCUCCAAUCCUUCGCCGACUCCAACUGCUGUUCCUCCUGUUCCUACACCAGGAACGGGAGACACUGCGACCAGUGCUUCGGAAUUGAAGUCGGAAUCGACAGUAGGUCUUACUGCUGACCAGUUAUCUUCAGUUGAGGCUAUUCAAGCUAUGGGCUAUCCUCGUGAUCAGGUCGUAGCUGCCCUUCGAGCUGCUUUUUGGAAUCCUGAACGUGCCGUGGAGUACCUUUUGAAUGGAAUACCAGAUGAAGAGCAAAUGCCUAUUGAUGUUGGUGAAGAAGAGGAAAGUGAAAGCGGUGAAGGUACUGCUUCUCAACUGGAGGCAUUGCGUCAGUUGCCACAGAUGGAUGAGCUUCGUAAUCUUGUGCGUUCUAACCCUGAAAUUCUGCCUUCUUUGAUUCAGCAAAUAGCAGCUGUGAAUCCUGAUUUAAUGGAAGUUAUUCAAAACAAUCAGGAAGAAUUCUUACGUAUUUUAAAUGCAGCACCUGGAUCUGGAACUACUCAGCCCUCUGCGGAAACUGAAGCAGUAUCGAAUCCUAAUCCAUAUUCUGGACGUCAUGUUAUUGACCUUACCGAACAAGAAGCAGCGGCCAUUCAACGUAUAAAAUCAAUGGGUUUCCGAGUCCCCGAUGGAUUAAUAAUCGAGAUGGAUACCGAAGAAGCGGAAAAGAUACAAGAGGAAAGGAAGGAAUAUGUCAAAAACAUAGGCAUAGAAUACCGAUUUGGAUGCUACGAGGAGAAGCGAGCUGAUUCAUGCCAACUACUCGGUGAGUACAUGGAGGCCAUAGAGCAGAACUUCAAAGCUGCGUACACCCUAUUCAAAACGAAUUGCGAGGAGCGGAAGUAUCCGAAAAGUUGUUAUAAAUAUGGCAUGUAUCUCCUUACAGGAAAAGAAUGUACCCCAAGUUUGACGAAAAUGGUUGAGCCAAUGCAGAUUGCAUGCGAUGGAGAGGUGAAACAAGGUUGCAGAGCAUGCGAACUGGAAGAUGGUGAAGCAUGUUGGUUAUUAAGUACCUGGUAUAUGGGAAGUAAUCAAAAAUUUCGCAUUGGAUCGAAACGUGAGGUCAAGGAGUUAGACAAGAAGUCUCUUGGGUCGCUCGAAAGAGACAUGUGUAAGUCAUUGAAGUAUGGUAUUAAAGCAUGUGAACUGGGAAUUCCUCAGAGCUGUGCUAACGUAGCUCGAAUGUAUAAACUAGGAGAUGGCAUAGAGAAGAAUUUGGAUGAGGCGAAGAAAUAUGUGGAUAAGGCUACUGAGCUUAUAGAAAUCAUGAAAAGUCGGGAAAGUACACCCGGAUUCACUGGCUAA